AUGACGCGCUAUUCCGUGAUCUUGCCGGCCUACAACGAGCGAGAAAACAUCCCCUACAUGGUGUGGAUGCUCGUGGACACAUUCAAAAAAAGCAAUCUAGAUUUCGAGAUUGUCCUGGUUGACGACAACAGCCCGGAUGGAACAGCCGCUGCCUACAUCGAGCUCCAAAAAAUUUUCCGAGGAGAGAGACUGUUGCUGCUGGAGAGACCAGGGAAGCUCGGACUGGGCUCGGCUUAUGUCGACGGCCUUAAAAAGACGACGGGCGAUUUCAUCAUCCUGAUGGACGCAGACUUUUCUCACCAUCCGAAAUUCAUUCCCGAGUUCAUCAAAAAGCAGAAGGAAGGUGAUUUCGAUGUCGUGACCGGGUCGCGCUACAUUAAAGGAGGCGGCGUUUGCGGAUGGGAUGCGAAACGGAUCAUCAUCAGUCGAGGCGCGAAUUUUCUUGCCCAGACGCUGUUGAACCCGCGAGUGUCUGACCUUACUGGAUCCUUCAGACUGUUUAAGCGGAAGGCACUCGAAGACAUCAUGACCCGCAUCGUCAGCAAAGGCUACGUUUUCCAAAUGGAAGUCGCGGUGAGAGCGAGGCAGCUCGGCUACACCAUCGGCGAGGUGCCCAUCACCUUCGUCGACCGCAUAUACGGCGAAUCGAAACUCGGCGGUAACGAAAUCUGGCUGUAUCUGAAGGGUCUUUUGACGCUCUUCUGGACGAUCUAG